AUGAAUAUCUUUGCCUACAGAGCAGUGGUAGAGAAGGAACUGCUGUCCAUUGGGGCAGGGACUGAUCGCUACCACGUCAACAACAAGCAUGACUUCCAAGGUACAGUCCAGAGCCCAGAGGAGAUUGUCUCCAAGGCAGAGAGGCUGGUGGGCCAAACAAUAGAGUAUAAACUCAUCAGCAAAAAUUGUGAGCAUUUUGCCAAUUGCCUGCGCUACAAUGUGGCCUGGAGUGAUCAAGUCUGGGAUACGUGCGUUGGAAUCUUAGCCGCUUCAUGCUUCGUCUUACUCCUAAGCCAGAAGAUCUAG